UUUUUCAUGUCCAUACUGUUCUUAUGACACAACACGUAAGGAGCUCUUGAAGGAGCACAUCAAUCUACAUACAGGAGAGAAGCCCUACAGCUGUUCCUUCUGCCCCUACAGCGCAUCUCAGAGGAGCUCCCUCAAUGUGCACUUGCGUAGACACACAGGUGGAGCGGGAAGCUAACUUUGAGUGGACUGAUGGCAGAAGAACAGAAGAAGAUUGGCAGAGCUCCACAUGCAUCAGCAAUAAUCUGAGGAGCAAUGCCCUAAGGCAGACGGGGGAGAAGCCUUACACUUGCCCUUUUUGUUCUUAUAGAACCUCAAGGAAAGCUCUCUUAGAGGAGCACAUCAACACACACACAGGGGACCGGCCAUUCUCGUGCCCUUACUGCCAGUACAGUUCCUCCCACAAGAGCAUCCUGAAGGCUCAUAUACGGCGCCACACGGGCGAGAAGCCGUAUGCCUGUGCUCACUGUCCUUACCGAGCCACACAGAAAUCAACCUUAAACAGUCACAUGCUGACUCACAAGGGAAAGGACCCAGUGGCCUGAGGGCACCAGCUAGUGACAGGAAGUCAAGGAAAAGUCCAGGUGUCUCCAAGUAUAUCUUGUCAAUGGGCUGCCUGCCCACACUCACUUGCCAUGUGGCUUGUCUGGAGACCACAGUCCACUGCCACACUUCCAUCCCAUUGUUGUGUGUUGACAAAGAUGUAUUAGAUUAUCAAAUAAUGAACCUCAGAGUAUUUGUAUAUUUUGUUUGACCAGGCAUAUAAUAAUAUGAUGUGUCUGACUGAUAUUCAAUUUAAACUUUAUAUUUUUUGUAAGUAUUUAUGUGUUCUUGUUCUUAAUUGAUGAAAAUAGACAACAAGCAGUAUUGCCAUUAUAUAUAUAUAUAUAUAUAUAUAUAUAUAUAUAUAUAUAUAUAUAUAUAUAUAUAUAUAUAUAUAUAUAUAUAUAUAACAUUAUUGUAUAUACACAAGUUAUAUAUUUAGUUCAGACAGUAUCUGAAGUUUUGCAGUGAAAUUCUAAGGCUGGGUACAAAAUUGAUAAGGCCAAAUACAGUUAGAUCAAGAAUUGCUAAGUCGUAAUGAGUGUUACUGUAAAGUCCACAAUGAUAGCAGUGUCUCAUACAAAAAAUACCUGAAAUGUUGAGAAAUUAGUUUGUGCAAGUACAAUUACUACAACUGGUUACCAAAAUAGUAGAGAGUUGGAUUUGAUUAAGGACAUAAUGGAGAGGAAGGAACCUGAACCUGAACCUGAGCCUUCCACUGACACUCAGAAUAAAAAUCAGAUUAAGAA